AGUCCCGUUUGUUGCUUCGAGUUGCGUUGCGACAGCAGAGAUAACUGCGAUAAGUGAGUUUUUCAACAAAAAUACCUUGGGAAUCCCGAGGAAAGGAAACGCUGCUAUCAACGAAUGUCGCGUCCAUACAGUGUUAAAAUCCAGUUUCAUAUGUUCACUUUUUUGUUGAAUGAGUGUUUUCAUUGAACAUCACCGCGGCUGGAAUCGAUCAUUGAAUUUCAUUGCUGGUGGUAGAAGAGAGCAGCACCUAGCUGUCACUACGGUCAGUGAUUAGGAUUGAAAGUGUUUGUGGAAAAAAGUGUUGCUGUGAAGCUAUUCUAUCCGAAGCAUCCGAAGUGCGGGGAGAAAAUGAGUGUUGUUUGAAGGUAGCUGGCGAUCCAUUCACAGAAAAUUUAAAUAACAAUAGACCGCAGAGUGCGAGUGAGAACAGAAUUGAAUUCGCGUUGUGCGGUGUGACUUGGAUGUUUACGGCCUGCUGCACUUCCCCAGCAUUACUACUGUCCGCUUUAUCUCUAUAGUGGCGGAGGGCGAUGAUGAUAGGAUGAUACCGUGAUGAAUGAUGGAGCACAAGUGGAACUAAUCUUUCCGUGGCCAAUUUUGUUCUGAGGCGCGAGAGGUGGUCGGCGGGAAUGCGCCAAAAGAGCAGCAAUUUUGCAUUGAUUAUGGUGUUGAAUGGAGUGGUGGUGAAUCGUUCGAGUUGGUUGACGACUGGAAAUUCAUUGUUUUGGCUUCGCUUUCAGUCGGAAUAAUCGGAAGAGAAACAUCAGCCCCUGGCUAAUCUCUGUUUGCACAGUAAAACCCACGCGGCGAUAGAGAACACGUCACCUUCUUUUUUUGUGGAAACAGCAGUGUAAAAACAGGCAAUGCUAUGGAAACUAAAUCCCAUUAGGAUCUAAGCUCGUGCUUGCUCCUGUUAAAGGGCUGUUGGAAGGAUUAUACAGAGGAAGUACACAUUACAAAACAAGUAACAGUAAGAUUACAAAGCGCAUUUCCAAAAAAAACAAAAUAAUGAUACUUCGGCAGCUGAUGGGACUCAACACCUGGGUCCGGGUCCUGAUAGCCUUCAUUUCGGUCUGGGUGAUCCUAGUCCUUGUAUUCUACUCAAAACUCAACACUGGAAACGCCAGUGACAGCGACGAUGCAAUCCGACGCCUAAACCAGGCUCUAACGUACCUGGAAAAGUCCAAACAGGUCGACCAGGAGCUGCGAGGCCUAAUAGACGAAUACCUCAGCGAUCAGUCCUACAAUAGGAAACAGAAGUUCGUCGACGAGCUGGGCAACAAGCUCCAAAUCCAGGGCGCCGGCGCUGGCCGCUUCAAAGGUGUCCCCUCGCUCGAGUACGAACAACUCCGGCGGCGAGUCUACAGCAACGCCCAAGAACUCUGGAACCUGCUACAUUCCGAAACGGCAAGCCUUGCCAAAACGGCCCGCCAAAAAACCCCAGAAAUCUACCCACAGGCGGAAAACUUCCUAGCCUUGGCUGCAGAACACAAACGAUCGCUCCUGAACGACAUGGCCCAGAUGCGGGCCAGCGAUGGCUACGAGUUCUGGCGCUACAAAGAAUCCAAAGAUCUCAGCGAUUUGGUUCAGAAGCGCCUCACCUACCUGCAGAAUCCCGAAGACUGCAACUCGGCCCGCAAGCUAAUCUGCCGGCUGAACAAAGGUUGCGGCUACGGAUGCCAGCUGCAUCACGUGGUCUACUGUUUCAUCAUGGCCUACGCCACCGAACGCACCCUCAUCCUGAAUUCCAAGGGCUGGCGCUACCACAAGGCCGGCUGGGAGGAAGUCUUCCAGCCCAUCUCCGACACCUGUCUCAGCUCGAACGGGGCAACGCACGCCAGCUGGCCGGGCACACCGGAAACGCAAGUCCUCACUGUGCCAAUCAUCGAUUCGCUCAAUCCCAGACCGCCGUACCUCCCGCUGGCCAUCCCGGCCGACUUGGCACCACGGCUAACCAAACUGCACGGUGAUCCCAUCGUUUGGUGGAUCGGACAGUUCCUGAAGUACCUGCUCAAACCGACCGGCGAGACGCGGCAGAUGCUCGAGAAUGGCAUCGAAAAGCUCGGCUUCAAGAAGCCGAUUGUCGGAAUUCACGUCAGACGCACGGACAAGGUCGGAACGGAGGCGGCCUUCCACGGGAUUGAGGAGUACAUGCAAGCGGUCGACGAUUACUACGACCAGGUGGAGAUGGUGGAAGCCAUCGACAAACGCAGAGUUUUUAUCGCUAGUGACGAUCCUAAGGUAAUUGACGAAGCCAAAUCCAAGUACCCCCAGUACGAGGUCAUCGGUGAUCCGGACGUGGCCAAGGUUGCUGCCGUAUCCACUCGCUACACCGAUUCCUCACUGAACGGAAUCAUCCUGGACAUCCACCUGCUUUCGCUGAGUGACUAUCUGGUAUGUACCUUCAGCUCUCAGGUAUGUCGGGUGGCGUACGAGAUCAUGCAAACCAUGUAUCCGGACGCCUCCAACCGUUUCAAAUCGCUGGACGACAUUUACUACUAUGGUGGCCAGAAUGCCCACAAUCGUGAGGUGGUACUGCCGCACAAUCCGAAAAAUCACGACGAAAUACACAUGCGCAAGGGGGACCUGAUCGGAGUGGCCGGUAACCACUGGAAUGGGUUCUCCAAGGGCAAGAACGUCCGUACCGGUCAGGUGGGACUGUUCCCAUCGUUUAAGGUUAACGAUAAAAUCGAAGUCGUGGAACUGCCCACGUAUCCCAACGUAAAGUAAGCGACAAAACGGAAACGUGAAUUGAUUUUUCUCUAUGUGAUAGAUCGUGUGUUAGCGCGGUAGGAGGAGAAUGUGGUGUAAAAUAAUUACAUAUUUUGAAGUAAGCUGAGACCCCGUCGAGGAGAAAUUAUUACCUUCUAUAGACAAAAUCUACCGAACACGUGAAACAUGCCAGAACAAAAUCCUUCUAGAGUUACUAAUUUAUUUGUAUUAAGUCAGAAUGAUAGAGAAGUACCGAUGUCAAAUCAUAAUGUGCAAAAACAAAGAGAGAAACACUCGAAACUGGAAACGACCUACCAACAACCAAGUAAGAAGCAUUAAUUUAUACAAACUAACAGAAGAAACACUGACGAAAACGAGCAGUAAAGCAAUUAUGUAAUAUAAACUUA